AUGGAUAUUCAGAAUGAGAAGAAUCAUAUUUUCAACAUUAAGUUCACCAAACUAAUAGGAUUAUAUCAAAUGGUGGAUCCUAAAUCCAUAAAACUUCGGGGUGGAAAUAUCUAUCACGUUGUUAUGUGGUGCGUUAUGCUAUACGUGUUUAUCGUAUCGAUGAUUUUGGUGCUAAGUGGUCUGUACUACUGGACGGUUAAUAUACCUAUAAGUAUGGAUUAUAUUUGGAAAUCAGUAACCACGUUUUACAUUACUUACAAAACGUGGCUCAUCAUGCGCCACUCGAACGACAUAUGGAAUUGUUUGUCGAUCACGAGAUACGAUUUUACAUCGUUCAGUAACCGGAACAAACACGUACUGGAUCAUUGGCGAGAACGCUUGACGUGGUUCAUGACCAUGUAUACGAUUAUGUAUUUCACUGCGGUGGUCAGUAGCUCUGUCACUACUUUAGCAUUCAGUGGAGUUAAAUUACCAGUCAAAAACCACGAAGGUUCAGUCGGGUAUUACCGCCUGAACAUCCUGAAUUUCUAUUUAAUCGCAUCUGACGACACGUACAACUCACACUACAAUAAGUUUUACUUCUUCGAGACAUUAUCCCUUAUUGUUAUGACAAUGGUUUUCCUUGUAUUCGAUAUGCUUCUGGUUACACUGUGCUUUGGCAUGUGCUGCCAGAUGGAAAUGAUUAGCUCUGCUUUCGAAUCUGUUGGACACAAAUCACUUCGUGACCAGCAUUCCUCAAUAGAUUCCACAGAUGAAAAUGAAAAUAAAUCAUCUAAUGAUCACGAUUUAAUAUAUUAUGAAGAAUUAAAAACAAUUAUAAUGGAUCAUCAAGUAUUAAUGAAGAAAUAUGAAGAUUUUUUAACACUGUUUCGACGAGUGAUGUUGUUGCACUUAUUCGUUUCGUCAUUUUCAGUCAUCAUGCUUUGUUUAACUGUCAUAAUGAGUUUCUCCAGCGAUGAUAGAUUUAAGACUUCAGAUGUUAUAGUAGAAAAAAUGAUUUGCUCAAUUCCUUCAAUAUUCUUUCAAAUAUAUAUGGUGUGUUAUUUAUUUGGCAGUAUACACGCUCAAAAAGAUUCAAUAAUAUUCGCAUUGUACAGCAGUAAUUGGACCGAAAUGGACAUGAAAUGUAAACAAUUGAUAUUAUUGACAAUGAUAUUGAAUAAUACCAACCACAAAAUGUUAAAAUUUACUAGAACAAAAAUUGUGAACUUGGAAAUGUUUUUUAAAAUAAUGGGUGAUUGUUACACAGUUAUUUCGGUUUUAGUAAAUUAUAUACAAACUAAGAAUGAAUAAGUUUUGUCCAUGUUCAUUUUAAAUGUAGUCAUUUUCUUUUAGUUAAUACUUUAAUAAUAAUAUUA